UCACAUUUCACAGUAGAUCUCUACCCGAGAAGAAGUCAGCCAGCGUGAAUCGCAUAUACGUACAGCAUCACAAGCAGCCAUGGUCGGGAUGAGAGAUCUGGGCUAUUUUCUUGUCCCAGUCCUGCUACUGGUGGGGUCCACUAUGCAAGUGGACGUGAAAACUGGAAAAGAAGCGCAGAAUGCGGGGAAUUUCAUGGAAGAUGAGCAAUGGCUGUCCACCAUUUCCCAAUACAGCCGCAAGAUCAAACACUGGAAUCGCUUCAGAGACGACGAUUACAUCCGAACACUGGAAGAAAACCAAAGCUCUGAUGAAAACGUGGACACCACCAAGGACCCGUGCCAGAAGGUGAAGUGCAGCCGGCACAAGGUGUGCAUCGCCCAGGGCUACCAGCGGGCCAUGUGCAUCAACCGCAAGAAGCUGGAGCACAGGAUCAGACAGCCUGCUCUUAAGCCUCACGAAAGCAGCUGUAAGCCGUGUCCUGUAUCCGCCUCCUCCCCAGUGUGUGGCUCAGACGGACACAACUACGCCUCCCAGUGUAAGCUGGAGCAGCAGGGAUGCCUCACAGGGAAAGAGCUGACGGUGAAGUGCGCUGGCCUUUGCCCCUGCACCACUGAAACGAUUCCCACCUCCGACUCCCAGGGCAAACAUGAGACCUGCACUGGGCAGGACCUUGCAGACCUGGGCGACCGCCUCCGCGAUUGGUUCCAGCUUCUCCACGGCAACGCCAAGCAGAACAACUCAGGCAAGCCUGGCACUGGCACAGCCUCAGUUCUGGACAAGAGUUUGGUGGCGAGCUGCAAGGACUCGAUCGGAUGGAUGUUCUCCAAGCUGGACACCAACAGCGACUUGUACCUGGACCAGGCGGAGCUGGCUGCCAUCAACCUGGACAAGUAUGAGAUCUGCAUCCGGCCCUUCUUCAACUCCUGCGACAGCUACAAGGACGGGAAGGUGUCCACGGCCGAGUGGUGUCUCUGCUUCUGGAGGGAAAAACCUCCUUGCCUGGCAGAGCUUGAGAGGAUCCAAGUGCAGGAAGUGGCCAAAAAGAAGCCUGGCAUGUACAUCCCCAGCUGCGAUGAGGACGGAUAUUACAGGAAGCUGCAGUGUGACCAGGGCAAGGGGGAGUGUUGGUGCGUGGAUCAGCACGGCAGUGAGCUCACAGGCUCCCGGAUCCAUGGCAACCCCGACUGCGAUGAACUGGUGGGGUAUUCGGGGGACUUUGGCAGUGGGGUAGGAUGGGAGGAUGAAGAGGAGAAGGAGGCAGAGGAGAACGCAGAGGAGGUGGAGGAGGAAGAGGAGGGGGAGGCGGGAGAAGCGGAUGACGGAGGGUACAUCUGGUAGAAUACGACACGAGGAGGUGUUGGCUGAUGCUACAGGGCCGGCUCUCCCGUUUGUGGAAGUAAAAGGAUUGUGGGAACUAAA